GUCUCCAGGUGGACAAGGCUGUGCUGUCUAUAAUGACAGACGAACAGAUGACCAAUUACAUCACUUCAUAUGGUGACAGAAUAGCAGUUCUGUCUUUUUGUCAGCAAAGUACACUUAUUGCAGAAAAAGAUACUCUUCUCCAGAACUUAAGAGAUAAAAUUGGAGCACGGAAAAUGAGAUCUAGGACCAAAAGAGCUGUUUGUAGCACAUCUGGUUUGUUCCAAAUGCAAGGGGUGGAGAUGGCAAGAGGAAGAAGUAAGGCAGCAGGGAGGACUUCGAGAAAAAUUGAAAUUGGGUGGCUUCAUUUUCACAUUGAUGAAUACCAACAAGUGAGAACAAGAAAUGGUGGAGGAACGAGGCAUGCAACAGUGGAUAAAAGUACAACUGUUUCUCAAAUUCUUGAAAUGGGAAAGGAGCUUUUUUUUCCAGAUGGGACCUCCACCAAAGGGGUAAUUGAAGACUUUCUUUUUGAAGUUUGUGACUUCAAAAAAAAUCUGAUUUCUUUAGAUGAAACAGUCGGAAAUCUUUAUGAAAAAACCAAGCUGAAGCUUCUACGGUUUUACAUGUGCACAAAGAAAGAAGAAACAGUUCAGUAUUCAUCUGAAGAAGAUUGUCAAAGUCCUGAACAACCAAAUGACAUGGAUUCAACCCCAACAGCUAGAAAAGGAUCUUUUGGUGAAAUGGAGGAUUGUGAUGAUCAAACUUUGAAUCACCUAGACUCUUCCUACAACCAUUCUGGAGUUGUUGAUUUUACAGAUCCACCUCAUUCUGGAUCCACACCUCGGCAGCCCCAGCCCUUCAGCUCUGAAAAUUCUGGAUCUGUUCCACACAUAGAUGAGGGAGACACGGUUGUAUGGAAUCCUGAAGAGGACCUAAUUGGAUUGGAUGAUGACAGUGACAUAGUCGUUGUAACACUAAAUUAUGACAACACUGAAGAAGUUGUACAGGACGAUCUCAGCAGUCCCUUUGGACACGGUUCCCCGAUACUGUUGCCUUCAGCCAGGAGUCUCUUCUCAUCACAAAUGCAAACCAGUAAUAUGAAGGCAGGACAAACUGGCCAGGUGAAAUGGACACAGUCAAUACAACCCAGAGCUCAUUUUCUCCUCUGUAAUGAACAACUCAGUACCACCUUUUUUUUAAAGGUCAUGCAAUUAUUACAUCUUUUGAAUUGAAUACAUAUUUUUUUAU